AUGGAGAAUAUCUACACACCCGAAGUCAGGAUAGCACCACAGCAUAUCUUCAAUUCCUACCAUCCAGUCACGUCACGAUUUCAACACGACACCUGGGAACCGGGAAAGUACUCUUCGAAUCCAAAUUUCCACCAAUUGCAUGCAAUUCUCCAUCAUCUCCUUCUCCACACCACCAACCAAGCAACCAGGGAAGGAAUCUCUGAAACCUUUGAAACAACACAGGUACGUUCUCGCAUUCAACGGCGUUCUGAGUUCGACAUCUCCUACGGUAAUUCGGAUACUAUAUGGCAACUAUUACCGGCAAGCUUGUGAGCUGAACAAUGUCCAAGAGGAAUGCAUCCCCGUUGUGGAAACGCUUCCGUGGCUGCAGAGUCAUGAGUCUUUGCAUAAGGAGCUAUUCAAGGGAGAGGAUAAGAAUGCAUAAACGGAGAAGACGAUGCAAGUAUAAGUUGAGGAAGAAAGUUCAAUUUGCCGCUACUUUUCAGAUGACGAAGUUACUGAAGACACGACGUGAUCCUGAUUUGAGACUGUAACUGAUCCAGUCUCAGCGUUCUUUCAAUACCCCGUAUGUCUAUGCUAGUCACCCAUCCUGGUACUAAACCCUGUUGUCGAACAAAGAUUCUAAACGGACGAGACGCGCUAUCGCUAAAAUCUGAGAAUACUGGUUCAUGUUUAUCCACCGUGACAGAAGAGAAGUUUUAUUGAAUGAUGGGC